UCUCAUAAACACUUUGAUUGGUUCCCCAAAACAAAUGGGAGGAAACUCGCCUUGCGCUUCCUGUAAGUUGCUACGUCGCCGCUGCGUCAAGGACUGCGUCUUUGCGCCUUAUUUCCCUUCCGAUGACCCCCACAAGUUCGCCAUUGUUCACAAGGUUUUCGGUGCUAGCAAUGUCAGCAAGAUGUUGCAGGAGCUUCCAGUGCAGCAAAGGGCAGAUGCAGUGAGUAGUUUGGUGUAUGAAGCAAACGCAAGGGUGAGAGACCCUGUUUAUGGAUGUGUAGGGGCCAUAUCUUAUUUGCAGAACCAGGUUUCCGAGCUUCAAAUGCAGCUAGCCAUGGCUCAAGCUGAAAUAGUUUGCAUCCAAAUGCAGCAUGACCCUAUUGUGCCAACUACUCCUCAAAUUUCAUCAUACCAACUGCUUGAUGACAAAUCCUCACUUCUCCAUAAUCACUGCUUCAAUUUUGCUUCUUCUUCUCUUUCUACCAAUGUAAAUAUCUAUGACCCUCUCAAGAGAGAGAGCACCUUCGGAGACAUCAUUUCUUAAU